UCUGCUUGCAAGGACUCGCGAGUAGAGUUGCUUCAAUAUCCUCCGAAUCUGAUGUGCCGAGGCGGGGCCGAAUGUGAGUGAACAGAGAACCGCCCCUCAUCUGCAAGGCAUGCCAUACUUACCGUCGGUUGGCCAUGUGUCGCGCGCACUCCGAACAUUAAUACGACAGCGUCUGGGGACGUUACCCCGACAAAAUUAAUUCCAAGGAACAGGGCUCUCUUGUCGAGUUUCCCCCGAUUCUGUGUCGAACCCUAAUCUUCUGGGGAGGGAGAUUGCUGCCCAAUCACCCGGAAGUGCGGAAUGAAGAACUUAGGUGUGUGUUUAAUUUCAGUAAACGAAACCAUUAGGACAAUGGAGAUUUCUGCAAUGCUGUUUCCUUGGGAAUAUUUGCUGUUAUCUUCUCAAGUUUGAUGUAAAGGAAGCGAAAUGGGUCGUAAAAAUGGCCCCUGCCUCCAUUAUCAGGCGUGCAGCAUGCUUCCCUCUGUUUCACUAGCUUUUCGAUUAUGAGCUGAAACCGUGCGAUACUUGUCUGGUGGUGAUAUCAGAGGGCUGCAGCUGGAUGCUCCUGCUUUUCUGCCCUCGUACUAGAUUUUGGAUCUCAGCAGAUAAUUAUUAAGAUCAUUAUGGAUAGAAGCAGAAGUCCACCACAAGCCAGGAGGUUCCGUGGAAACGAGCGUACAUUGUAUCGUGACGCUCCUUACUCUCGGGAUCGCACCCAAAGGCAGAAUUAUCUUUGCAACAAAUGCAGAAGGCCAGGCCACUUUGCUCGAGACUGCUCCAACACGACUGUCUGCAACAAUUGUGGGCUUCCUGGCCAUAUUGCUGCUGAGUGCAAUUUGACCACAAUGUGCUGGAACUGCAAGGAGCAUGGUCACGUGGCUGGCCAGUGCCCGAAUGACCCGGUCUGUCAUCUGUGCGGGAAUUCGGGCCACCUUGUCCGGGACUGCCCAGGCUCAGGGCUGCCUGCCCAUGAUUCGAGGCUCUGCAACAACUGCUACAAGGCGGGACAUUUGGCCGCUGAAUGCACCAAUGAGAGGGCCUGCAACAACUGCCACGAGCCUGGCCAUCUUGCGCGGGAUUGCCCAAAUGAGCCAAUCUGCAAUAUAUGCAGCAUCUCGGGCCACGUGGCCCGCAAAUGCUCCAAAUCAGGCUUGCAGUCUGAGAUUGGUGCCACGUUCAGGGCCAUUGGGUGCCGGAACUGCGGCCAGUCAGGCCACAGCAGCCGAGACUGCGUGUCCAUCGUCAUCUGUACUAAUUGUGGGGGAAGAGGCCAUGAGGCUUACGUUUGCCCUUCAGCCCGAUUGGUUGAACGUGGACCUCGGAGAUACUAGUUUCCCAGAGACUUACUGCUUCUUUUCCCAUCUACUAGACAUGAUUGAUUUAUAUGCCAGAUAAGCCUCUUCAUUGCUUGACCUGUGCUCAUUCCAGGCGAGAGAGAUUCGAGGAAAGUCCUGAGCUAUUCAUUCUUUUUUAUUGCGGGUGGGGGGUACAUCAAUAGGAAACCGCAAAGUGAUGGCGCUGAUGUUCGAGUUUGAUCCAGUAAGCACCAAAUUGUACAGCUUGUUUAUUGCAUCUAAGAUCAGAUUAUGCUGUUUGUAUGCCUAUGUACAUCAAUAAUACAUGUUUGGACUUGGAGCUAAUCCUGAGAUCAUUGAGAAGGAAA